GUUAUUGCUCAAAGAAUUUCUUUUGACUAUAAACGACGCCGUCCCCUUCAAGUUAAAAAGAGCGCCAGCAACUCGGAACAAAAAAAAAAAAAAAAGCACAAGAGAAGAAAGAGCGCCUGAUUCUCUCCCAUGGAGGAACCCACAUUUGAGCCUGAUCUAAUUCACGCGAUUUUCAAGAUCGUCUGGUCCAGAAGAGCUAUCGAGCGUCAAAUGAUCGAAGGCGCCGAUGCGUUGGACGGCGAGACCGGAGCUGGAACAUCGAAGAAGAAUCGCCCCACAUCAGCCAAUGGAAAUGCCUUAAAAUUGAGCUGUGAACUUCUCCGGAAUUUUACCACAGAGGCUGUGCAGCGUGCUGCUACAAUUGCCGAAGCGGAGGGCGUGAGUAAAAUUGAACCAACUCACUUGGAGCGGGUUCUCCCACAGUUGCUUUUGGAUUUUUGAGGGAUGGUGAUGGAAUGCCUUUACAUGGGACCUUCAUUUCUAUGGAGCGCACUUAGACGGACUUUUAUUUUCUUAGUGGAAGUUCUGUUUUGUUUUGAAGCAUGAAUCUGAGGAAGCAUGUCUAUUGAUAAUUUGACUGCCUGCGUUUUGCUUCAGGUUCCAAAAUUUGGUGAACUAAAACAAGAGUAUGGACGGUAAUAUUCUCGGAGGCAUUGACAAUAAUGUUGUUUCUUUGGAACCAAACCUCGUAUUAGAUGUUUGUUUGCUGCUAUGAACUCACUUUGUAAUUUUUAAGCUAGAAUCCUUGAAUUUCUGCUGGAAAUCUUGGGAGUGGGAGUUUAGGAUAUGCAUGAUCUUUGGUGUACUGUAAAUCUUCGUUGAAUUAGUAUAAGUCUAAACGACAAAUUGCCCCUCA